GUUCGCUGACGUGUGAUUAGCAGCAGCCCACUGGUAUUGAUUGCAGUCCGAUUGCUCCGAUGCAGACCGCAGCAACGCAGGGCAUAGAAUGAAAAACCAACCAUAGGGCGCGUUGGCAGCUGAUUGUCAGCAGCGGCAGCCGCCUCCGGUUGUUGCGCUAUGUGAGCUACUUAUUUAAAGCACGCCGACUUGCAGGAAUGUUUCCCAACGUCGGCAAAAUCGACGGCAAUGGCACCGGAGCCCCCAGCGACGACGCUCCGUGGUGGCUACGGUACUUGGGCAGGUUCGUAGGAACUGUCAGUGCGCUUGUUGCCAUUGGUCUCGGCGCGCAGUUGGCGGUGCUCUCUGCCAUCACCAUAUCAUCGGCAUGCCUUUUGGCCGCUAUUCUGCAAAUGAUUGUUGGCAUGAUGGUGGCCCUGAUUGAGGCACCAUGUUUCUGUGCUUUUCUCGAGUUUGCCCAGGCUCCAGGCAACUUCUUUGACCGCAAACCAUACUGGUACAAGGCACUUCUGUACGGCGUGGGUGGUGUGCUACCUGUGGCACUGUGCGGUGGCGUGACUACUUUCUUUGGUGGUGGCUUGGUAUUUGUGGCUGGAUGCAUUUAUGGAAUUAUGGCCAUGGGUCGCAAAGCCAGUGCCGAUGAGAUGAGAGCUCGUGCCACAAGUACCGCCAACCUGGUUCCGUCCAGUGGAGACGUAGAGGCACCAUCGGGGGACAAGUUUACACCCAGCUAAAGGCAGCUUAAAACAAGAUUCAGCCAUCAUUUGGUUGAGGUCUGGAAGCUGUCCUUAUUUUUGCUGCAAACUCCUUCACAUUCUUAUUGUCUGUAUCUUGUUGAGGCAGCAUGAUAAUCUGACAGAUAAUUCCAGUUGAGCAGAACAAAUCUUCUGCCGCACACCAUUCUGAAGCUGUACAAUGUUGCGAAGGUGUUUGAACAACAUUGAUUGACGUUGUGCAGUUGAACGAGGGAGCGUGUGGGAUGUGCAGGAGAAUAACUUUUUGUCACUUGUUCUUUAUAUCUACUGUGUUGCCUAAGGCAUUUGUGUCGGCUAACCACUUCCUCUUGGUGUAGUUGCACAAAUCUUCAGGCGUACCAGUAUCUUGCUCUUUUAUUUUUUUAAGGUGUUAAGAGGCCCUCUGCUCAAGUUGAAGUAGGCGUGCAGGUAUUUUACAUGUUUGGGUGUUUUCUCGCUGAGCACGCUUUCUCUGUUAUAUGCAUAAUUUCUUUGUUGAUAUUUGUUGUGUUGCUGCACUCUUACCUCCUUUUAUUCUUUCGUGAAGCCUGUUACCACAACUUGUGAAGUGCUGCUCAAGGUAUCUAAAGCAGCUCUGUACCAUGGUUUCUUCAACCUGAAUUACUGCCACUGGGCAUCUGUAAUAGCCUUCUGCCUUGGCAGAAGUCUUGUUGGUGUAAAUCGUCCCAUUCAUCCUGGAACAUUUUAACAUAUUUAUAGACUGUGUGUAUGGGUGUGUGAAAAUGCAGUAUAGUAGUCAUUGUGGUUAAGCAGCUUGAUCUAGCCAAAGCAAGCCAAUGUUUUAUGCCAUGUUUGGAUUUAGCCACAAUCUGUACCGUAUUUACUCGCGUAAUGAUCGCACCCCUGAAUUUUGUCGUCAAAAUUCAAUUUUUUUUCUUUCCCGUGUAAUGAUCGCACCGCGAACUCGUCGCACCUAUAUGUCAUGUGCCAAGUCAAGCUAAUGAUGACACUUACCAUCUGUCGAAUGCUGUCAGAUGCUACGCAAACGACUCUUGCAGACAUACCAAGCGGUCUGCACGCACCAAACAUUUUUAAGCAGGUACCCCGUUUCAUCACUUUCCGCACUUCCAUGAAAAAACAACCAAACUUGCCUUGGCUUUAUUACUUGUAGGCUUCAUAAUAGUUUUGGCCAACGACGACAAAAAAGGCGCCUUUCGAUUCUUUUCAUCUGCACUCAACGGCAUGCAACAAAUCGCGAGCAGCAACGAUAGUGGCCUCGUUUACAGAUACGUUAUAAGUGUACCCUAUUCAUACGUACCCCUGAAUUAGCGUACAUUUUUUUUUUCGACAAGUGUGAUCAUUAUGUGAGUAAAUACGGUAGUGUGUGCAAAUGGCACUAGUUCAUAGCAUACACAUGCAAGAUAGGUUAUUGUAAAAGGGCAGUAUGUGUUGUAACUUGCGUAUGGGAUCAAGUUUGUAGCAACCCCAACCAAAGUGUCCUGCUCGACUUGCAUCUGUUCACUGAAUGUGCUAUGUAUUCAUUGUGUGGUGAAUAAAAUGUGCCUAAAAUGUGGUAGCAUGA